AUGAAUCAGAGAGCUGACAGUGUUCUUGAUGAUAACAAUGCCAAACUAAACGAAAUGGAGGCUUCACUUGUGGACGAGAAAGAAAAGCAACUGAAAAAAGUAAAAGACUAUAUCUCAUACCUUAACAAUUUGAUUGAUGACUGUUACAGUGAUCUGUCGUCAUGCAAAUUAACCGAGGUUAUCAGGUACAACAACAAAAACUCAAACGUUAUUCUCGUAAGAUUUCCGGAAAUAAUUGAAUCUGAGCUUCCAAACUUUGAAGAGAGUGGGGAUAUUGCGAAAGAAAUAGAACAGAUUUUUUGUCAUAUAAAACCAUUUGCAGAAGGGAAAGUUUCGAGAGAAGUUAAAAAUAUCAAGAAAUCAUUGCAACAAUUCAACUCCAAAUCAGCUCAAAAGCUAAGUAUGGAGCAUUGCUCCUUUUUAAUUAAGACACAGACAAUUAGAAUACCUGGACUAAAUGGCCUGUCUCAUUUAUCACCAGCUGUUCCAUCAGGCAUGUAUUGGGCAAGUGGUGAUGAUAAAUAUGUCAUUCAAUUUGACUUGCAAGGAAAUAUUCUUCAAAAAGUAAAAACAGGAAAUCAGAUGAAGGGAUACCACUCGAUCACAAAAGAAGACAAUUUGAUAUAUACGGAUUAUAAAGAGAAAGCCAUAUACAAAAUAAACAUGGAUAUGACCACCACGACACUUAUCACCUCGGAAGACUGGGAGCCUUGGUCAAUCUUCUCUUCCCCGAUUAAUGGAAACAUAUUAGUUGGGAUGAAAAAAGAGAAAAAAUGGAAAAUAGCCAGAUAUACCAGCGAUGGCAUUAAGUUACAGGACAUUCAGAAAAAUGUUAAUGGGGAGGACUUAUAUUCGAGUGUAAGCUUUAUCACAGAAAACAUUAAUGGUGACAUAUGUACAUCAGAUUAUAUUGGUGAAAAGGUUCAGGUGGUGACCGGAUCAGGAGAAUAUCUGUUCUCCUACUCUGGUAGUGAUGAGAUGUCAGGUUUUUCCCCGUCUGGAAUCUGCACAGAUGUUCUUGGAAAUAUAUUGGUGUGUUGUUCUUACAUAUCAUUUAAUCUUAGAUCUAGUCUUAGAUAUGAACCACCGGGUACUGGCCCUAUACCUAAAUAUGGUAUCCAUUUGCUGGACCAGGACGGACAUUUUUUGGAUUUUCUGCUCGAUUCAUAUUCAGUGAUAAGCAAAUUGUACGCUGUCUGUGUUGAUAACCAAAACAAUCUGAUUAUAGGACGUGCAGACAGUCCUACAAUCUGUGUUUACAAGUAUCUCAAGGGCAAAUGCGCGUUGCGAAAAAAAACAGUAAAAGAGGUCUAUGUGGAACACUGGGGCACUCGUGUAUAA